CGCGCACCUGGUGGUUGGCGCCGUAGCGAUUCCAUUUGUUUGGCGUGGACGCGUUUCUGGCGUGACGCAGCAGUAAUCUUGGCCGUCUGUCGCCGCCACAAACAUGGCGAUGUGUUGACGACAAGCGGUGUCGUCGAACCCAACGUUGUCGAACCUUCGCGGCGGUGGUGGGGGGAAAAAGCGAGACGUCCCCUUCCACACAAAAGAAGUCUCGGGCGACCAGCGGGCCGAUGCGAGCCUUGGUGAGCGAACUGCGCCGCGCUAUGCACCUGCCGCACAACAAAGCUCGGCUGCCGGACCCGAAGGCGGGCGGCGACGCCAACAACGUCGUCGUGAGCGCCGAGUCGGACGCUCUGAUCGACAGGAAGCUCCCCAAGGAGCUCCUGCUCAAGAUCUUCUCGUUUCUCGACGUCGUGUCGCUAUGCCGGAGUGCCCAGGUCUCCAAAGCAUGGAACGUGCUGGCUCUGGACGGCAGCAACUGGCAAGAGAUCGACUUGUUCGAGUUCCAGCGCGACGUCGAGGGUCCCGUCGUUCAGAACAUAGCGAUGCGGUGUGGCGGCUUCCUACGCCAGCUCGGCCUCCGGGGCUGUCAGAGCGUCGGCGACGUGGCCAUGCAGGCGUUCGCGAUCCGCUGUCGCAACAUCGAGGCAUUGACGCUAAGCGGCUGUCGUCGCAUCUCGGACGCGACGCUAGAGAGCAUCAGCGCCAACUGCGGCAAACUGGCGCGCCUCGACGUCAGCUCAUGCUCCCAGCUCACCGACCGGGCUCUACGGGCACUUGCCAGGGGCUGCCCCCUCCUAGACACCCUGGACAUCUCCUGGUGCUCCCAGGUCACCCCAGAGGGCGUUCGAGUGGUCGCUCGCGGGUGCCCCAGGCUCAAGUCUUUCGUGGCGAAGGGCUGUCCUGGCGUCAACGACGCAGCCGUCGAGGCGCUUGCCCAGAACUGCAGGGGCCUGAGGGCUGUCAACCUGCUCGAGUGUGGCAACGUCACGGACAGGGGGGUUGCGGAGCUGGCGGCACGCUGCCCCGACCUUGCAUACGUCUGCCUCUCCAACUGUGGACAGGUGACAGACGCUUCGCUGUACGCCAUCGCCCAGUACUGCCACGGGCUCAAGACCCUAGAGGUGGCCUGCUGCUCGAGGCUGACGGAUGCGGGCUUCCAGUCGCUGGCACGCGCAUGUCCGCAGCUGGAACGUAUGGACCUGGAGGAGUGCUUGCACAUCACGGACAGCACGCUUAGCCACCUGGCGGGCUUCUGCCCGCGGCUCGAGCGCCUCAGCUUGUCCCACUGCGAGCUGCUGACGGACGAAGGCAUCCGGCACCUCUCCGUAGGCCUGGAGCGACUAACCGUGCUCGAGCUGGACAACUGCCCGUCCGUCUCGGAGGCCUCGCUGGAGCACCUGGUCAGGUGUCCCGCACUCAAGAGGGUGGACCUCUACGACUGUCAGCUGAUCACCAGGGAGGCGGUGGGCAAGUUCAACACGCGCAAGCCUGGGCUGAGGAUCCACACAUACUUCCCACCACUGGCGCAGCCUGCCAGCGCUCCGGACGAGAACGGCGUCGCAGGCGUGGCCGGACAGCCCCGGUACUGUCGGUGUUGCGUGCUCCUCUGAACUCACGCUCAAGUGUUUGGGCUGCUGCAACUGUGACGUUGCGAGCGUGCCCAUAACGACUCGUCUUUGCUCGUCCCAUCUGCGAGGCUGGGUUUAGUGCCUGGCACGAGCGGGGCUUGUCCGGUCUCCUCUGGGCAGGGCCCAUCUCUUGUACUGGUUCUUCCGUCAAAGUGUGGUCAUAACAAUCUCUAUGCUCGAGCCUGUGUGCGACAAUUGAUGAGUCCUUAUCUCGGUUCGUCGCGGAGUAUGUGGUUUGCCGAUUUGUCUUGCGGUUUGCCGGUGCGUCGCAAAUGCCUGUUGGAAAGUGUAAGGUUGGCCUCCAGUUGCAUUGUUUUGUGUUUUAUUACCGAUCAAAUGCCCUGUGGUUUGGAAUUCUUUUCUGUGUGUAGGUUCUUCCUGAAGGUGAAUUAGAUUGUCCUCCUGCCGUACAGAAGGUCUGACACCUUUGUUUUGUGCGUUUAGAAGAGGUGUUGCCGUCUGACCAAAUGCCGUUAAGCCAAAACUUGGGUGAUUUCAGUGUUUUCUAGUUGUCGAGCUUGCGCUCUGGUCUGUCGGAUAUCCUCCCACUGAUGUUGACGGGGUGGUUAACUUCAGUUUUUUCCCGGUAACAAUAAUGUUUCCUUCUGUAUGAUAAAAAAAAUUGUGCAGUCAUUUUGCUCACAGCAGUUGCCCAAACUGUCGUUAUUUGUUGUUCUCCAUCACAAAUAGCUGCCUAACUGUCGCUUUCGGUACGGCAGGAACCAGUGCUACACUAAUUCCCCUAGCCUACAAAUAAUGCCUUGCACCUCUAUGUUUUGGUGUAACAGUGCAGUGAGUUGUUUUGACUUCAAAGUCUUUAGCAUCUGCUCGACGGUAAUCGAUGGUAGUUGCAUUGAGUGAGCUGCAGCACACGCAGCUGACAGUGUGGCCAUGGCUUGCUUGUAUUUUCACUAGGGUGACUCACUGAUAAGCUUGCUCUAGAGAUCUGGCAGUUUGGCCCGUGCUAAGAUAAGUCUCAGUCUGCCGUUUUUGUCAUGUGUGGCGAUUCUUUCCCGUGCUCCGUUACAUUUCUUUAUCCAAGCAUUUGGUUUCAUUCAGAUGGGGACGGGGAGAGUUUCGAAAACAGCUGGGCAGACUCGACUUUUUCGGAUGCCUUUUAACAUUCUUGUUUGUUCCUUAGUCAAGCUCACACCAAUUUGACAGUGCUGUUUUUGUGCCCUGAUGUGAUACCACAUGUUCUGACGCGUUGGCUCUUUGGGAGGGGGCGAUUCUGCGUGGAGCAGCGAAGGACCAAAGAUGGGGGAGGCGAUGCAGCCUUCCGGCGAGGAAGCAUUUCGUGCCUCUUUUUCGACAGUAGACUCCGUCCAUUCAGAGUAUCCGUGGCCUUGGCUCGACGUCGCCUUAUUGUCGAGCGGUUUGUUGUGGUUGCCGCCUUUGGGCGCAAAGUGAGCGUAAGUGCCUUGCUUGGCGGGCUGUGGCGGCAGAGCAUCCUAGCCCGUAGUUGACCGAUUCCACCGAUAUUUCUGAAAAGAAAUGCACACCCGGUGAGUGCAAUUAAAAGCAAAUUUUUUCUCUUUCCCCCCAGCAUUCAAGUGUUACAUGUUCUGAUACCUUUUUUGUCGCGUUCAUUCUGAUUAACACCCGCAGCAUAAAGUAGGUUCUACACUACCCUGGAUAUUACCUUGGCCGGUGCACUGUGAUGUUACGAGUACAGAUGUGUAACUUGCUCACUGACGAUUUUGGCUAGCACGACCUAGAUUGCCAUUACCUUUUACCUCAGAGUUUAGCGGCGGUGUAAGCAUUAUUUGAUCCGCAGUCGGCCAGUUCAAGGUAUGUUGCUUCCACGCAAUCCCUGGAAGUGCGUCGAGUAAGUUAUCCUCCAGGCUGUCAAGUGCAGCUCUGCGGACGCAGUAAAGAUAUAACUGCUAUUCUUAGUGGAAGGUACCAGUGGUCUCGUGCAUAAUAAUGAAGGUUAAUUAGAGUCCGUUAUGGUAGGCUCGAGUGGCGUUCUGGAAAGAUUCUCGGGGAGUGGAGUUUCGUGUGAGCACGUCUUUGGCUCGCUGCCAAGUUGGCGACCUUAACGGCAGGUUUCCUCGUUUCUAAAGGCUGGCUCGCACAUUUGCGUUUCAGUGCGCUUGAGCAUGUUGCAUUCCCCUUUAACCGCUUAACACGCCUGCACACCGACACCAUCUAUCUGGUUAACCCGGAACACUUUCGCCGUGCGUAUCUAAACGAAAGGUUUUACUUUAUUUGCAAUAUCAAAAUCGUUGCACCAUCUACAAGUAAUAGUCGCUUAUAACGUAGCAAUGAUAGAAAUAUACAUGCAGGUCGGAUGUAUUCUGGGGCUAGUCAAUAGAUGGCGUCGGCAUGUUGAGCGGUAACGAGAAAAUGCAGCACACUCGAGGCACUUGAAUGCAACUGCGUGCACCAGGCUUAGCACGUCCAUGUACAGACGACGACCAGCGGUGGGCUCCGCAAGGUGGGUCUUCGGUUCUGUGAUUGUGCAUCGUAUCAACAAGAGUGUUGUUGUCAGCGGUCAUUUUAAUUGUGGAAGGUUCUUGCAUAGUCUAGGACGUUCUUCGUACGUGGGAGACUCUCCAUUGUGGAGACUGGUGUCAUGUAUGAAGUCGACACAACAGUUCGAAGUGCCUGUUGACGUGUCUCAAUUAAGCCGUUCUCCUUUUCGGAGCAUAUUUUAGGGACUGGUCUGGACGUACGUUUGUGGAGUCUCCUGUUCUGGAAAGCGUUUUUGGUGCAAUGUUGGGGGAGUGUAGUGCAUUUUUCUCUAAAAGUUGGUUUAUGCAGAGUUUGAUGAAAUUCCAGAUUUGGGGGGAGGGGGGGGGGGGGGGGGAUUCUGAGCCAUGCAGGCAGAUUGGGUUUUAGAUACAUACAGCCAUCAGCCAGCUCCAUUUUUUCUUUAAACUAACACAACUCUAUUUGGCAGGGACCUUGUCAUGGAAAAACAAGCCUGGAUAGUCUAGUAGUUUUGGGUCGAUCUUGAAGGUUCUGAAACGGAUUCUGUGACACUUUUGUGUCUACUUCUCCCUAGCACAUGGUGUUCCAACUGUGUGCCUCUCUGUCUAUGUGUGCGCACCAUCUUUGAAGGCGUUCCGAACGGUGACUUCAGCGUUGAAUAAAUGCUUUGUUUUGUCCUUU